CCGUUUUAUUGUGUUAUUUCUGAGAACCUCAGAACAGCUUCCUCCGUGAUCGUUUCUACCUGAGAGAAAUUGGAUUCGCACCAAUUUUUCAUCAUGUCAGGGGUGAAGUAGAGUGCAUAUAUUCAUGUUUGGUUAUUGAAUGGGUUACACUAGUGUUCUCCUGCAAUUUUUAUGACAUAUAUUGAUUGCAAGAUAUUUUCUCAAUGGGCGGAGCUUGUUCUAGGAAGCAAGAUCAGGACAGUGAAGAUUGUUCUCAGCGAAGACUUUCACGAAGAUAUUUCAAAAGUGGAAGUUUGAAAUGGUCGAAUUCCUCAUUUUCUCAUCCUUCUAUAGAUUAUCAUUCACAGAAAGGAGAAUGUCCAUCAUUGUUGGACUUAUGUGUCCGGAAAAUAUGCAAGGAGAUUCAUAAGCAUAGGACGUUUUCUUCAAUCCCACGGGACAUAAGCCAGCAAAUUCUUAAUGAAAUGGUUUAUUCCCAACGUCUAAGCAGUGCUUCCUUCAAAGCUUUUCAAGAUUGUUCUCUCCAGGAUUUCUACUUGGGAGAAUAUCCUGGUGUGGAUGACAGUUGGAUGCAAAUUAUCUCAUCACAAGGGUCAUCUGUACUGUCUGUGGAUCUUUCUGGGUCUGAUGUCAGUGAUUAUGGGCUGAAUUAUCUCAAAGAUUGCACAAAUCUUUUAACCUUGAAUCUUAAUCACUGCGACCAGAUUUCUGACCAUGGUCUAGAGUAUAUGAAUGGUCUGUCAAACUUGACAAGUUUGAGUUUUAGAAGAAACAAUGCCAUUUCUGCACAAGGUCUAGGUUCGUUUUCUGCUCUUGUUAAUUUGGUUAAGUUGGAUUUGGAGAGAUGUCCUGGGAUUCAUGGAGGCCUUGUUCAUCUUCAAGGUUUAACCAAGCUGGAAUCUCUAAAUAUGAAGUGGUGUAAUUGCGUAACAGAUGCUGACAUGAAGCCUUUAUCAGAGACUGGAGCUGGAAGAGAACAAAGGCAAUUCGAACACAUAGACACUGUGCUUGACCAUGAGCUUACAAACUUAAAGAGUCUAGAGAUUUCAUGCAGUAAAGUGACAGAUUUUGGCGUCACUUUCUUGAAAGGAUUACAAAAGCUUGCUCUGUUAAAUUUGGAAGGAUGCCUGGUCACAGCUGCAUGCUUGGAUUCGCUAGCAGAGAUUCCUGCGCUGUCAAACUUGAAUCUCAAUAGAUGUAAUCUUUCGGAUGACGGGUGUGAAAAGUUUUCACGGCUGCAAAAUUUGAAAGUGCUAAACUUGGGAUUCAAUGAGAUAACAGAUGCGUGUUUAGCAUACUUAAAAGGAUUGACAAAACUAGAGAGCUUGAAUCUAGAUUCAUGUAGGAUUGGUGAUGAAGGAUUGAUCAAUCUGGCAGGCCUUCAGCGGUUGAAAUGCUUGGAAUUAUCUGAUACGGAAGUUGGUAGCAGUGGGCUUCACCAUAUAUCAGUACUGUCUCGUCUGGAGAAGAUAAAUUUGUCAUUCACGAUGAUUAGUGAUGGUGGUUUAAGGAAAUUGUCUGGACUCUCAUCUCUGAAAUCACUUAAUUUGGAUGCUCGCCAAAUUACUGAUUCAGGACUAGCAGCCCUUACUAGUUUGACUGGGCUCACCGACCUGGAUUUGUUUUGCGCACGAAUCACAGAUUCUGGAACAAACUACUUGAAAAACUUUAAGAACCUGAGGUCGUUGGAAAUAUGCGGUGGAGGAUUGACUGAUGAUGGAGUAAAAAAUAUCAAAGAGCUUUCAUCUCUGAUGUGCUUAAAUUUAUCACAGAACUGCAGUCUUACGGACAAAUCCCUGCAAUUAAUUUCUGGGCUCUCGAAGCUGAUCUCUUUGAACGUUUCCAAUUCUAGUGUCACCAGUGCCGGUCUGCAGCAUCUUAAAACGCUCAAAAACUUGAGAUCUCUGACAUUGGAAUCCUGCAAGGUGACAGCAAAUGACAUUAGGAAACUUAAAGCAGACCUCCCUAAUCUGGUUAACUUCCGACCAGAAUAGCUAGUGAGGUAUUCUGUUCCACUUUAUUUGUGUACAUAUGUUCUUCCUGGAGAUGUAAAUAACUUGUUUGUCCAGGGUUGGUCAUUUGGUUUGUUAAGGGGGUAUCCUAAGUAUUUGAUGUAUUGGUAUGACAAAUAUGGGGGAAAAACAAGUUAAAUUGUACAUAAACUUGUUGGUGGAUUGAUGGGAUGUGCGUGGACUGCCUCACUGAAUCUGUGCAGUUUUCUUUGAUGUCAUCAAAAUUUGUUCUUUUGCUCUGUCGUGAAUCUGAGACAAGUCAAGUAGACAAAGAACAAAGUUAAUAAGGUGGUUUGGAGUUGUGCGAAGAAAGUGGUUGGAAGCAUUGGUAGGGGUGAUAAAACAGAUAACUGAGUCCUGUAAAGAGCACAAUUAUCCAAAAAUUCGAUCAAUGAGAUUUGUCUUGUGCUUUGUAUGGGAUAUA